AUGUCUCAAGUCCAGCCCCCUGGGUUGGCAGAUCUGGAGAAGGAGCUGGGCUGCUCGAUCUGCACCGAGCUCCUAUACCAGCCCCUCACUCUACUCGACUGCCUACAUACCUACUGCGGCUCAUGUUUGAAGGAAUGGUUCACCGCACAAGGAACCCGCCGACAACCCCGCAACGCAUCUCCCAAGUUCACCUGUCCAUCUUGUCGUGCCGAUGUGCGCGACACCCGCCCAAAUGCUACAGUCACAACACUAUUGGAUAUGGUCUUGGUGGCCCAGCCCGAUCGCACCCGAUCGGAGGCUGAGAAGAAGGAGAUCGCAGAACGGUAUAAGCCUGGUGACUCGGUUUUCCCACCACCGCAGGCGGAAACUGGAAGCUCAGAAGAUGAAUUCAUGCAUGAGAUUCGAGAGAUGAGCCUUCGUGAGAGUCAGGGUGACUCUCGACGGGAGGAGCGCCGCGAGGAACGCCGACGAGUACAAACAGAAGCGAGCCGCGCGAGAAGCAGUAACCCGGAUAACCGCCAUGGAGACGAUGGAAGGUCUCGGCGGAGACGAGAUGAAGACUCUGGUCAUCUUUCGGCUCGGACUCACGGCGAUUCUGAACGUUCGAGACGUGUCGAGCACCAAUCGAGCUUACGGUCCCUACUUAGCCUAUCAUCCGAGACGGAGACAAUGGAAGAAGAGAUUCUGCGACAAAUCAUCGAAGAAGGAUUGCUCAAUGAUAUCGAUCUUGAAAAUCUAGGACCCGCACAGGAGGAAGAGCUCAGUGAACGCAUUGCCGAGGCAUACCGUCGAAGACACAUGCAACAGUCAGAUCCCCGCCCAGCUCAAAGGCGGAGACAAUCACCGGAAACCAGUUCACGAUCACAUAUAAGGUCGCAUUCUACCCAGAGAACGGGCGAGGCAGUAUCGACACCCCGAGAACAAGGCGAAAGGCGACCACCUGUGUCUAGACCACACCUACUAGAAUCCGCCGCACCACGCCCGACCUCAAAUCACCAACGACGAAAUUCAGAGCAAGGCAGUGGCAAUCGGCGAACAUCUCCCGUGCGAGUAAACCAAGCAUCCAACUCAGAUGAGUCUUUAAGGCCUGCUGUUCGAUCCUCGAGCGAUAUGACGGCAGAGCGCACUCGUAGUUCUCAGACUGGGCGACCGAGGGCAGAGUCAUCAUCUCGACGACCACGACGAGCCACCGAAUCGGAACAGCCACUCUCCGACGUAUGGAUAAGUGGUGGAAGAGAAAGAACUUCCUCCCGGAAUCCUACAACAAGUCAAUCUGCGACAAACUCUCCUACUACUGUUACCUCGCCAUUCAAUGCCUCUCAUAGCUCAACCCCAACAGAACAUGCCACCCCACUUUCCUCGCCACUUGUUCCUCACAGAUCUGAAAGACGACCUAGACCAUCCUCGUCGCGCCCGAAUGCCCCACAGUCUCCCAGCAUUCAAUACGCCGAACCUUUGAUCCCGUGUGAUCGAUGCGGAAAAGCCAACAUUCAAUACGAUUUGCACAAGAGAUGCUUUAAGUGCAAAGAUGGAAAAUACCAUAUUUGUCUACGAUGCUAUCGCUCAGGCCAGGGUUGUCUUGCAUGGCCCGGCUUCAAAAACACUGCGCUGGCAACAUUUGAAUUAAUGCUGGCAUCUUCAAAUGGCCAGCCAGCACCUACCAAACGUCGUAGUAUCCAUGUAUUAGGCUCCUUCAAAUACCAGAAACCUGCCGAGACAGCUCGAACCACAAUGAGUGGAGAAACGAAAAUGACGACCGAUAAUCCAGUCCGUCGCCUGGGGACUGGGCUAUUCUGCGACAUUUGCAUGUCUUCUACCAAUGAGUGCUACUGGAAAUGCAAUCAAUGCAACGAGGGAGACUGGGGAUUCUGCAAUCGUUGCGUAAACCAGGGAAGAUGUUGUACACAUCCACUAUUACCAGUCCGCCGCCUAGGUGGGAUCUCUACCUCAACGGGCACCGCGAAUGACUCCCCAGUCAUCGAAAAGUCGGAAAGCUAUAAGAUUUUGUCCUUUUCCACCAACUGCGACAUCUGCACUUACCCAAUUCCAGCAUCUGUUACAAGGUUUCAUUGCCUCGAAUGCAACAAUGGCGACUACGACGUUUGCACAAAUUGUUAUCUCAAGCUUGUUGUAACCUCGAAAAUCAGCAAAGAAAACGGGCAUAGCGGAUGGCGCCGCUGUUUGCAAGGGCAUCGAAUGAUUAUCGUUGGCUUUGAAGACCAUCAAGACGGACAAAGACGCGUCAUUGUGCGAGAUCUCGUGGGAGGUCGAGCACUUAAAGACGAGCAUGUGAAUCGAUCACCAUCUUCAUCGCCUACCGUCACUGGGCCAAUUGCAUCCCCAGAACUCGGCAGUGGAGACUGGAGCUGGAGAGAAGGCCAAGAACGCCGCAAGAAGGCUUCUCGUUUGCGGGCUCUUAUGGGCUCCCAGACUAGCACAAACACGUCGCCUGCAGACUCUCCAAUCCAGAGCCCAGGCACUCCUACCUCUCCUCACGCACCUUCUCUGCGACGCUUUCCUCCCGAUGGAGGCGUAGGACUCAUUGUUCAUGCAUUGUGGUCGUGGUACCCUGAGGAGGACAUUCAAGAUGAACUCGUCUUUCCACGUGGUGCUGAUAUUACAGAAGUUGAAAAUAUUAAUGACGAGUGGUUUUGGGGAUGUUAUGCUGGACGUACUGGGCUCUUCCCCGGUUCACAUGUUGUUGUUACUCGAGAGGCAUGA